CUCUCUCCCACCACUUCACACUCGUUACCAUGACCACGACCACCCCUCGCGUCGCCCUCGUGACAGGCUGCUCCGAGCCCGGCUCGCUCGGCGCGCAGCUCGCCCUCUCCCUCGCAAAGGAGCACGGCUUCCGCGUGUUCGCGACGGCGCGCAACACCAAGUCGCUUGCCGGCCUCGCUGCCGAGGGCCUCGACACUAUCGAGCUCGACGUCACCAAGCCCGAGGACAUCGCGGCCGCCGUCAAGACGGUCAAGGACGCGACCGGCCGCCUCGACGUGCUCGUCAACAACGCCGGCGUGGCAGCCCGCGCGCCGCUGCUCGACACCGACCUCGACGGCUUCCGCCGCCUGCUGGAGGUCAACCUCGUCGCGCCGCUCGCCAUCACGCAGGCGUUCGCGCCGCUCCUCGUCGCUGGCGCUGAGGCUGCGGGCCAGGACGCGGUCGUGCUCAACGUCGGCAGCGCAAGCGCGUGGGGUACGCCCUUCGUGAGCGCUUACGGCGCUACCAAGGCCGCCCUCCACUCCCUCUCCGACUCGCUGCGCCGCGAGACGGCCGCCCUGCACAUCAAGGUCAUCACCGUCGAGCUGAGCACGACGCAGACGCCGAUGGGCUCGGGCGAGAAGGAGAUGCGCAUCGUGUCGAGCACGCCGUCGGGGCUGUACGACAACUGGGACGAGAUCGACGCGGGCGUCAAGAAGGCCAUGGGUGACAGCUUUGCGAGCGCGCCCAAGGCCGGUGACGUCGCGCGCCGCUGGGCCGCCGCGCUCGCGUCGCCCAAGCCGCCCCGUAGGAUGUGGGACGGAUACCUCGCCUGGGCGUUCCGCUACCUCUUCCCCCUGCUGCCUGUCGCCAGCGUCGACCGCGUCAUGGGCAAGUCGAUGCGUACCGACCUGGUGCGCGACCCGCUCGCCAAGGCGUAGGCAGGCAGGCUGGAGCAAUGAGCUCCCUCAGAUGUUCCUUGUUGUGCCCUAGAUAUCACUAUGGUCGGCACACUGCCGACGGCUUAGACAUUCAUGAAUCAGAUUUACGAC